UAGUGACGUCGUAUGGUUUGUCUUUUUAUUUGACAAAGUCAACAAUUUUUAAAACGAAUUUAACUUUCAAUGUUUUAAUUAAAAUAUAUAAAAUGAAUAAUCAACCGGGUAUCGUGAUAGUUAGUUGUAGCAAAACCAGACCUAAAUCGCUUAUCAAACUCAUCACAAAAACUCAGCAAAUCGAUGAAAACGACCUUACACCCGGUUUAAUAAUGCAUCCAUGGAAUAUAGAUACAAAGUAUUAUACAGCUAAAGUAAGUUUACUUGGAAUAGAGACUGAUGUUGCGAUGGAUAAAGAUGUUAUUAGUAGUAUAGAAGCUGUAAUCAUUCAUAUGGAUUCAAAUAACAAAACAGGAUUAGAAGAUUUGAAGAAGUGGGACUUUUUAGACAAUGAUUACAAUGUAGAUGUUAAGUUGCUUUUAGCGAAUUACUGUAAUGAUAAUACAAAAGUAACGAAGGGCCAAGCUUUAGAGUGGUGCUUAAAAAGAGGUUUUGAAUUCAUUGAAUUAUACCCUACAACAGAAAAGCCAGGAGAAGAUGAUAUAAUUCCAGAGAAAUACGGCGUGGAUAGAGUUAUAGAAGCCCUACAUUCUCAUACGUGGUCAAAUUUAGUAAUGAAGUCUAAAAAGAAUUCUAAUUCAUCCAAUACUAAGGUAACUACAAAAGAGAAUGUUGAUACUAAAAAUCCAUUAUCAUCUGAGCAUAUUGAUGAUUUUACCGAUUUAUUUUCACAACUGCAGACAAUGAAAGAUAGUUUACAGGGUAUGCCAAUGAAUCAAAGGAAACAGUGUGCUGAGCAAAUGGUUACAGCUUUUUGGAAAGCUAUAGGUGGUGAAGAGGAAGAAUUAUUAGAUUUGUAAAUAUAAUAGAUUGUAGUCAUAGUUAAGUAGGUAUAUUUAAAAAAUGUAAGGAUGGGUAACUCUCACUGAUUUUUACGAAAUUAUAUAAAGCUUCCAAGUGCUCUAAAUAUUUAUCAUCUGCACCUUAUAUAUGGGAAGUUUAUUAUUAAGAAGAACUACAACUUAACUGAAAAAAAGGUAAAGAUUGUUUCAAUAUCAAUGGUUAACUUAAAAAUUGAUUACUAUUUUAUAUUUUAUACCUUGAAGAUUAUAAUUCUUUUCAAAUUUAUUUUGAGUUGUGUAUUUUUGUAUCCAUCAUCUACAUAUUGUUUUUAAAAGUUAAAUGAUUGAAAAUGUUUUACAUAGUUUAAACACCCAUCAUUACAGGGCCGUAGCCAGAGGCAUAAAGGGACAAUGCCCUGCUUUAAAAAUAGCCAAUCAUUAUUGCACACUGCAUAACACCAUCUCUUAUUCACAUCCGUCUUCUGCACAUGCUUUCCUGUUCUUUUUUGUUUUGUAAUCUUUUACGUGUUAUGAAUUGUAAGACUGACAACUAGGUAAUACGUUAAGGGUCCCUGAAAGAACUUAGAAUAGCAUGAUAGAUAACACUGUGAUUUAAAAGACAUUUUCUUCUAUUUUCCUGUCAAAUCAACUUUACUCAUAUACGAUGGGAUGAAUAAUUUCCAGCCUGACCUAUAGUGGGCUAUAUGAUUUUAAUUAUUUAUUUUUUUAUUUUAUUCAAUGUCAUAUGACAUUAGUUUUUUUCAUAUUUGACAGCCUGCUGCACUAAUCAAGUUCUAGUUUGUUUUUAUAAUAAGAAAAACUGGAAGCUGUCAAAUGGAGAAAUCCAAAGCUGUCAUAAAAUAUUUUCACAAGUGUUUGUCUCACGGAAAUUGAAGCUGAGUUGGUUUAUACUUUAGAUGAGUCUGCCCAAUCAUUAUCAAUGGUCAAAACAUGGGUUGCAAACUUUACAAGCACUUUUUAUAGAUAUGAUAAAUGUAUUUUGUGUGUGAUACAGGAGAUGUUGAUAACCUUUUAUUUGAUAUUUAGCUACCUAGUAUUAUUUUUAGUCUCAUAAACAUCUUCAUAAUAAGUAUACUGUACUAGCAAUAAAAAAUACUUGAAUACAAUUAAAACAACAAAGAUAAUACUUGGAAGGUUUUAUUCAGAAUUAUAUUGGUGUUUGGAUUUAAAACAUUUUAUAUAUUAUAUUAUAUUACAUUUUACCAUGAAAUAGAUGGAAAUAAAUUGCAUUGUCACAAUUAAAGACAUGCAUUGAUAAAGGUGUUAUGGCCACUUUUUAAAGUUUCGAGUAAAUGAGGAAAACUUGUUUCACUUUAAAACUUUUUUUACUAUAUUUUCAAUUAAUGAAAGCAAUAUCUCAUAAUGUCAGGUCAGGUCAGUUUUUUGUAUAAAUGAAGUUUGGCUGGAAGUGUUCAAAAUAAUAAAAAAAAAUUCCAUAUUGAAACACAAACUUUGUACUGGCAUAUUUUAUUAUUUCUCGAUAUUGAUCUGGUAUAUAAAUAUUCUGGGGCAUCUGAAGAACUUUCUCAAUUCGUUUAAAAUCUAUCUGAAUUAGAUAGCUAUGACCAUCAUCAGGAAAUUUAUGGUCUAUAAUUUAAAAAAUAUCAUUUAAUAUAUUAAGUAUUCGUAAAGGCUAAUAACCCCCACAAAUUAUUAAGUGUUCAAUCUCCUGAUUUUAUUCUUUAAGUAACUUGCAAAAUCAUAGAAAGCAACUUGCAAUUUCAUUGCUGUCUCUGUUGGCUACAUCUUUCAUCAAUGUGAAAAAAUAUAUUUGUGGCAGGAACUGGUUAUAUAGUGGGCACCAAAGUUGUACAACCACAUUAGCCUUAAAUAAUUUUUUUUGAUGUUGAUAACUUUGGCAGUGGCAUUGUUUGUUUGAGGUCCAUUGUAAUGUAAUAUUUUUCUUUGUCAA